GACAUACAAGAGCUUCAUUGGCCUGUGAAAAAGAAACAAGCUUCCGUAGGCGUCAAGGUACCUAUAUAUGCCGAGCCAGGAAAGCUCUCAUGAUCGCCAGGGAGAAUCCAACUUCAGGCAACACCAUGAAUGACUAUAGGCCACAGAGGCAUAUGCCCUUCAGAGGCUGGCAAGUUUUAUACAGGUGGAUCGCCUUACUUCAACUGACCGCCCUGGUGCUGUCUUACAACUUCAGUGGCUGCAACCAUCACCAGAUUAAAAAGGAUUAUAAAUUUGUCAUAUUUGCCAGUCUGAACAAGAUAAACACUACUGGCCUUGAUGGGAUUAGUUCCUGCUCCAACACGGUCACUUGCCUGAUGGUUAUAGAUCGGACCAGUCCCAAGGUGAAGAACUGUUCCUCGGAGGAGUUAAUGAAUCAGAUCCUCUCCACCCUGAGCAAGCACUGUCCAGACUACUCCGGAUGGCAGACACAACCAGACAACCAGAAAAUCCAAAGCAGAGGGAAAAGAAGCAAAAGAAUAAGGAAUGAUAAAGAAAAUAAAAAUGAAGCAUGUUUUCAAAUACUUGCAAACUUGAAAAAAACCUGGCAACAUUACAGUCGGAUACAGCCAAAAUGAUGAGAAGAAUUGAUGGUCCGUUAAUGCCUAUAGAUUCUGGAAAAGUGCCUUCAGUAUUUUUAAAGAUUAUUUAUAUUUUUUUUAAGAAUUCCUCUGAACUAACUUAUUUUGUAAACACAAAGAUAAAGAUGUUCAUUUGUAAAAAAAAAAAUGGCUAAGCAUCACAAUG